AUGCUUUAUGAUCAGAAUUUUAUAGCGAGAGACAAACGAUUACCUGAAAACCCAGUUCUCUCGCAAAUACCUAUUUCCAGUCAAAAGCACAUUGACCAUAGAGACAAUGGCCAACUUGGGGUUGAUAUACUACAUGUUCCUCCAGGGCUUAGAGGUCGAUUUCAAGCCAAUUUUGCAGGCCAGAAAAAAGUUUGGAGCAUUGCCGCUGCUGGAAUUCUGGUUCCCCUCCCUCUUGGCUAUCUCCUGCAUAAAACCCUAACACCCAACUCCCGCCCACUAAAGGCUACCACUUAUGGUCCUUUCUUCUGGGGCAUCACCCUUACCACCACCAACUUCGCCGAACUUGCCCGAGUACUUGCCAAUGCCAAGCUACUGCACAGUGACGUUGGCCGGACCGCCCUCUCCGUAAGCGUCAUCAACGACCUUAUGUCUUCAGUUCUUCUUGUCAUCACGGUGGCCACAAUCAGCGAUGGCAAACUUUACACAGUGUUGUCCACUUUCACAUUGAUCAUAUUCUGUGUAUACGGGCUUCGUCCAGCGCUGUCGUGGAUGGUUAGCAACACGAGCUUUUUUGAAGAAAAGUACGACCUGGACAGCCAAAUAUGCUUUAUCAUGGCCGGGGUUCUACUGUUUGGGUUCAUUAGUGAUGCGUUCGGGUCACACUCCAUUCUUGGGGCCUUCAUGUUGGGAGCCAUUUUGCCCAAGGGAGAGCUCAAAACUGCAAUCACCGAAAAGGUUGAGGACUUUGUGUCAAAAAUCUUGUUGCCACUCUUCUUUUUGAUUCUUGGAUGA